AUGUCUUCUAACAAAAAGAGAUCAAAAGAAGAUAGUGAUGACGAUCAUUCUAAUGAAACUUUUGUUGAGUAUGGAACAGAGCUUCCUGAUAUAACUACCUCAGGUGAACAAGACAAAGGAAAGUUUCAGCCUGUUUGGAAACAAGAAGUUCGCGAUGAACAAGGCUUGAGACGUUUCCAUGGUGCUUUCAAAGGCGGGUGGUCUGCGGGUUACUUUAACACGGUCGGAUCUAAAGAAGGGUGGAGUCCUUCGACAUUUGUUUCUUCACGAAAGAACAGAUCGGACCGUAAGGAUUUUAAACCAGAAGAUUUUAUGGACGAUGAAGAUCUCGAGGAAGUGCUCCAAAAUCAAAAACUUGUUGCCACCGACGAAUUUGAUUCUUUUGGUUCUACAGAACGCGAAUUAGAGAAGAAGCGUAUGUUAGCUAGUUCUAUGGAAGCAAGCGGAAGUGUGUUAGGUGCGUUACCAGACAAAUUUAUUGACGAUUUGGUACUACCUAAUAAGGACCCUGUAGGCGUUCGAUUGUUAAAAGCAAUGGGUUGGCGAGAAGGUCAGGGCAUUGGUCCUCGUAUUUCAAAGAUUCAAAACGACGAUUCAGAAUUUCUGGAGUCUGAUAUGAGUACCUUAUUUGCUCCUAAGGACACUGAAAUAAUAAAUUUUGACCAAAAAAGUAACACUUACGGUCUCGACUUUGAUUCUUUCAAGGAUGCUCCUGAAUUCAUUCCUCAAUCUAGCAACAUUAAAGGUGACAGUUAUCUUCAACGCAAAAAAGUUCAAAAUUCCUUAUCCACACGAGGGACAACUAAUUUUGCUGAUGAGGAUACAAUGGUCAUGGGAGGAAAAAAUUUAUCUAAAUAUCCUAAUAAAAGUCAAGGAAAAAAGUUAUCAAGUGAUAAACUGUGUCAUGACGGAAGUUCACCUUUACAAGGAUUUGUAUUGGCAUCACGUCCUGUUCCACUCGAUAAAUGGUUUGCUCCGCCAAUUUUACCACAAGGGUUUGUACCUAUACAUGAACUCAAUUCCGAAGCAAUAGAGAAGAAAGAUACACCAGUCUCAUUUCAAAAGAGCAAACAUCAGAAACAGACAACCUUAGCUAUUUUGGCUGAACAGCGUGGCGAGUUAUUAGGAGAAACUCCGCUGAAUGCCCCAGCUCGAUCAGUUUUUGAUUAUGUUUCCCGGAAGGAUAAAAAUAGAUUGGAUAAUCUAAUUGAGUAUAUGAUUGAUACUACGGGCGAUGUAAAGAAACAGCCUAGUGAAUUAGAAAUUCCGAAAGUGGAUAAAGACGUUGCUAUAGCAGCUUUGCAAGGGUUUAUUCCAUUUGAAAAUGAUAAGAAGAAACAGGCAAGGUACAAACAGUUUUUAGAGGUACAGGCUGAAUUGAGUGCUACUCCUUUGAAACAACAUGAGGGUUUUACCAUUGAACAAUAUAUCAAAGAACUUGAUGAAUUCGCGCAAUCUGCGAGAAUAUUUCGUCCGAUGUCAAAAAUGAUGGCAUCCCGUUUUACCAAUGCAAAAUCCGUAGAUGAUGCUCAACUUCCAGAAAAAGAUACUCGGUUUGCUUCCGAGUCUUCUUUCAAAAUACAUCAGGAUGAUGCUAAUAUUCAAGUUCCUUUAGAGUCAGCCGGAUCAUCAGCCGAAGCUGCAGCUAGGAUGAAUAUGUUUGGGCCUCUUACAAGGGCCAGAACAAAUUUCUAUCCUGCUCGUCUUUUAUGUAAGCGGUUUAAUGUUGCAAAUCCACAUCCCGAUUAUCAAUAUGAUAAUCAAUCUGGAAAAACUCAAAAAGGACAGAAAGAUGUUCUCAGCAAAGAAACCAUGAAUGACAUUAUUGGGAAACAAGAUUCGCAAAACUUUAUGGAAUUUACAAGUUCUAAUUAUAAAAGUCAAGUAAAUAUUGAUGAUGAUAAAGCCGGUACGUUGAGAUCAACCGAUGAUGUCAAGGAAGAAGUUCAGAAAACUAGACCCGCUAUGGAGCUUUUUAAAUCUAUAUUUGGCGAAUCGGAUUCUGGAGAUGAAGAUGAAGCUCCAAAACAUAAGGGUCCGCCAAAUAUGAUUGUCGGAGCUAUGAAAGAGACAAACUUGAUUGAGGAUGAAAAGUUAUCUCCUGCUCCGUCAGAAACUAUAGAAGCGGCAGCUACCAUACCAUUUCGACCAAUGUUCAAAAAGAAAACAGAUCGUUUAAAAAAAGUAUUAUCCAACGAAUCAACAGAAGGAUCGCAAUCACAGUCGAUAGCUCCUAAGGGAAGGAAAAAAGGACCCGUAACUCGAGUAACGUUAUCAUUCGAUGAUGAUUCAACGAUUGGUCCAUCCGUAAAACGGAAACAAACUGAAACUAAGUCAAGUGAGAAUGAUAGUUCUUCGUCAGUGGAGUCUGGCGAAAAAAAUGAUUCGUUAUCACGUCGUGAACAUAAUAAGCAUUCUCAUAGUCGUCAUAAACAUUCAUCAUCUAAGAAACGUAAAAAGAAAAAGAAACACUCAAAAGGUUACGAUAGUUCAAAGAAAAAAGAUAAAAAGCGGUCAUUCGAAGAUAGUGAGGACGAAAGAAUUAAAAGCGAUAAAAAGAAGAAACGUUAUGGAGAGGAAGGUGGUCAUGAUAAAAGUGGAAAAUACCAUCCCAAUAAAAAUUAUCAUCAAGAAGUAACAAAACCAGUGGUGGAUAAAGCGAAGGAAGUUACAGAUGACAAAAAAUUUGAAGCGCAUUCAGAAAGAUUAAUAGAAAGUAUAAUAGAUAAACGGGAAGAACCAACCUAUUUAACAAAAUCAAAAGAAAAACAAAUUACUUCGCCGCGACCAAGAAAUGACAAUAAAAUGACAAAUACUAGUAGUCGGCCAAGAGCAAUGGAUUUAUGGUGA